CGCAGGAACUAGGCAACCUGGGACCACGCCAGCACCUGGACACCACCCAUGGCAGCACCUGGGGCUGUUUGGCAACGCGCCUCAUCGUUGUUGGACUUGGGGUAUGGGACAUAUGUGGCCAGGCUGGGUCACAGAAAAGCAGUGACUUGCCCAGGCCACAGCUGGAGAGGGGCCUACCCAGGAUGGGAGGGCAUGUGCUGGGUGGGUGCCAAGUGGAUAGGUCGGCCCCGUUUCCCCCGCGUCUGCCAGGCUCCGCCGACUACCCGGUGUCCAGUGUGUCUGUCAGGAGCGAGGGGACCAGGUUUGUUGCUGAGCACUCUCCUACUGCACACACAGCGCCAUCUGUGACGUGCUCAGCAUAGAGUGGGGGAGUGGUCAGUCCCGGUGGUCGCCGCAGGCAUGUGACUUGUUGGUGGUCCAGGUGCACGGCACAGCUGGGAAACAGGGCUCUGCCUGCCCCACCUGGGGGCCUUUCUGCCUGUCUGGGGUGUGAGCAGGUGGAAGCUGGCCCAGGGCUUCUGGCCUAGGGUUCUCUCCUAGGCCUUGGCUUAGCCUGCAGCUACUUCCUCCUGGGGCCCGCUGGCCUGCACCUUCUUCUCAGAGAGGGCUUUUGUUCGGUGUUUCGGGCUCCACUGUUGGUUCCCUCGGGACUUGGGCUGCUAGAGGGGGCAGCAUGUCUCACGGGCCCGGGCUGGAUGGGGGGGUCCGCAGACACACCUGCCUAGGUGGACACGUGCUCUUUCUUCCAUGCAGGUGUGCUCCCCAGAAGGGGGGCCGCUCCCAGACAACCCCUGGGACCAGAACAGCCCGGCCCAGCACCAGCAGCAGCUGCAGCCCAGCCAGCCCAGCCAGCCCCAGGGGCCCCCCCCAGCCCCGUCGGAGCUCCCAGAUCCCGGGCAGCCCUGCCAGCCCUGCCAGCCCCGAGAGCCCCGCCAGCCCCGCCAGCCCCAGCGGCCACCCCCGGGUCAGCGCAGCAGGCCCCAACGGUCACUUCUGGGCCUGAGACAGCCCUGCCAGCCCCGGCGAUUACUUCUGGGCCCCCGUCAGCCUUGCAGACCCCAGCGGCUGCCUCCAGCCCCAGAUCAGCAGUGCCGACCCCAGCAGUCACACCAGACUCAGCCCUGCCGGCCACGUUGGGUGCUCCCAGGCCUCAGGCAGUGCUGCCGGCGCCUGCGCUCCCUGCUGGCCCCACGGUCCCUUCUGGCCCCCUGCCUCCACUGCCGGCGUCUACGCUCUCUCCUGGUCCCACGGUCCCCCCUGACCCCCUGCCUCUACUGCCGGCGCCUGCGUUCCCUGCUGGUCCCAUGGUCCCCCCUGACCCCGUGCCUCUAUUGCCGGCGCCUGUGGUCCCCCUUGGCCACCUGUCUCUACUGCCGGCGCCUGCGUUCCCUCCUGACCCCAGGGCACCGCUGCCGGCGACUACGGUCCCUGCUGACCCGGUGGCACUGCUGCCGGCCCCGGCGGCCAUGGGCCAGCCCCUGUCACUGUGGCCAUCCCAGUGGGGCUUCCUCAGGACAGCGCCGUCGGCCCCUGUGGUCUCUGCUAGCCCAUUGCCCACGAUGCCAGCCCCCACGGCCACUCCUACCCCUGCGACCACGCCGCCGGCCUGCCAGCUUUCUCCCAGGCCAGUGCUGCUGCUCUCGGCGAGCAUUCCUAGCCCCAUGUCAGUACAGCCAGCCCCGAAGGUCCCUCCUGGGCCAGCCCAGCCGCCCCCAGCAGUCACUCCUGGGCCUCAGUCAGCCUCAGCAAUUAGUUGAAGCCCCAGAGCAGCCUGGCCCACCCAAGCCCUCACUGCUGGGUCCAGGACAGCCGUGCCAACAGAAGCGACCACUCAUGGGCCUGGAGCAGCCUCGCCCCAAGCGGCCACUCAUGGGCCCAGAACAGUCAUGUCAGCCUCUACGGCCACUCAUGGGCCCAAACCAGCCCUGCCAGCCCCAGCCCUUACUCACCAUCCCUGACCGCCCUUCACUCCUAGGGCAGCCAGGCCUGUCCUGCCGGCCUCUCAUGGGGCCCCCAUGCCAGCCUCGGCGGUCACUGUUGGACCUGGUGCCAGCCCCUCAGCCCCAGCUCCUGGCCCUGGGCCGUCCCUGCCGGCCACUGAGAUCACGAUGGACCCGCUCCUCUGCCCCUGGGGUAGCCCGCCAGGCCCCAUCUGUGAGCCCUGGAGCCUGAUGCCCUGCAGGUGCUUCCUUGGUGUGUUGGACACCCCAGUUGGGGCUGCACCCUGGCAGGGCCCUGAGACCAGGGCCACUUCCCUGCAGAUCUGAGAUGCUUUGCUGGACUGGCCUAAGGCCUCCUCCAGGCAGGGCCAAGCAUUGCCACUAGGAACUGAGGCUCAGGCAGAGGUGGGAGCCCCACAGUGCUGGGAUCAGGCAAGAUACACCACACCAGGAGGAGAGGAGACGACCCAUCUUCCUCCUACAUCUGCUGCACCCUUCCCUAACAGUGUCCCAGUGCCCCCAACCUGAAGGCUGCUUGGGAUGUGCAUGCCUUGGGGAGAGCACAGCUGCCCUCAGAUUCUGGAGGUCCCUCAGCAUCUUUCUGUGCCUCUAAGUUGCCAACACUGUCCUUGCAUCUGAGUCUCCAUGCACACCUGUCCCAGGUGUACCACUGUGCAGGGUGUGUGUGGAAUGUAUGGUUGUGUACGUGUGCACGUGCACAUAGUGUGUGGGGUGUGGGGUGCCAGGACAAGAGUGCUUUUGUUGGGAGGGGGGUACUAGCCACAGGCCUUAUUCCUUGGGCCCCAGCCUAUCUGGCCACAGUGUGUCCCACUAACCCCCAGACGGAAUAGCUAAGAUGUGGGCUUUGCUGGAGGCUGCACUCCAGGUCCCAGCCUUCCUCAACAAUUGCAUGGUACUGGUGUCCCCUUCCCAGGUCCUUAAGCUACAGGAGGGCCAUCUGGCUGAGCAGGAGCUGCUGGUGACUGGAGGCUUCCACUCCCACCUCAGGACUCUGCCUCUACCCCCAGUAGGUGUGCACAGAAAGGGGCUGUCAGGGUCUGCAGACCAGUGAGAACCCAUGCUGGGAAAGCCCCAUCUGCUGGGCCCUUCCUCAAAGCACCCCCCACAGUAUUCUCUCUGGCUGUCAAUCCACCCCACCCCAUUUGGCAGACCUCACACUACAGGGCUGUAGGGCUGUCUCUGGGCCCCCCACUGGUGGUCAGAAACAGCUUCCUUAGACCCCGGGUCUCAGGGCAGCCAUACACUCAGGUCUCCUGGAGUAUGGGGCACGCCUCUUGCCCCAUAAAGGGAGCAUGUGUUCUAUGAGGCGGGAGGAGCUGGGGAGGGGAGCUCUGUCUCCACACCCCUUGUGGGGCCAGCUGCAACUAGCUGCUCUACAAAGGCAGGCAUUUCUGGAGAGUAGCACUGGCCACCUGCAGGUCCCUGGGCUGAGGGGAGAUAGGAAGGAGGCUCCCUGGCUGGAGACCCAGGCUGUCCCCAGCCCCCUCCCUGCUGCCCCUGCCCAUACCUGGGUAGACCCCUUCCUCGGUGCUCACCUGGGGCCUCCAUCCCAGAAACGCAGGGCUUAUUUUUCUGAUUAAAGAAAAUAAAAAGUGCCAUGCCACUAUUUUUUAUAACA